UUUUCAUUUAAACGAAGGUAGACGCCAAAGAUCAGGCCGCGCCCUUAUCUGAAUGCCCAUAUCAGAAAGAAAUGAAAUCCAAAGAAAAAAAAACAGUGUCACCUAUCAAAACCUUGAGAGAUGGAAAAUUUAUCAGCCAUGCCGCGUUUCUUUUACCCUCCUACAACCAAAUCACGUCAUUCAAAAGGUGGGUCAGUGAGUUUGCCUUCCAUUUCAACUAAUGUUAAAGGGGCCUCUUCUCAGUUGCAGACACGAAGACUCCUGAUGUUAACAUUGCUGGGUGGUCUCACUUUUUCUACGGUGGAUUGUAAACCUGCGCAAGCUUUUUCAUUUGGCAUUUCAGGACCUAAGGAAUGGUUGAAAGCACAGAAAAGGAGGACAUCAGAAUUUUUGAUGGCACCUAUUGUUGCAUCACGUGACAGACUCAACAGCGCUUAUAAUUUUCUAAAGACAGGGGAGAUUACAUCAAAUAAAGACUAUGAAGAAGCUGAAAGGCUUGUCAAAGUUGCUGCGCGAGAUUGCAUUCCACCAGAAGAAGGUUCAUUUGUUGCCUUUCAAGCUAGAUCAGGUGUUGAGGUUUGCACUUUUAAUCUUAUUCUGAAAAAUGCAUCAUCCUUGCUUGAUGAUACAGACCCAACGAAGCUCAAAGCUGAUAUUGCUUUCAAAAAUCUUGUAAGAUCCUUUAUCAUGCUUGAUAAGCUUGUUGAAAGUGGCAAAUCUGGCAUUUCUUUGAAUAGUGAGAAUUUAGGAGGUGCUUUUGUGGAGACAAUGACAGCUUUGGACAAGUUUGAGGAAAGCAUUAAGGAUUGCCUUGGGAUUUGAUGAGAGUAAACUUUUUUUUUUCGAGAUAUAAACACCUGCCUUUGAAGUAUGCAAGCUUUUAUUUGCUCUAAAGUUGACGACAAUGCAUUGAUGAUAUAUUGGUUGAAAUCCUCCUAUAAUUAUACAAGGCUUAUAUUGUCUCCCAAAGUAGCAGGCAUUCCUUAUGAGCCAUAUAGUUUUCUAGCAUUCAGAAUGCACAUUACCUUGUUCAAAUACAACGUGACACGCUAGAUGUCUAAACUACGAAAGCUGAAUUUACUCGAAUUAUAUGCAUGACCAGGCUUGUAAAUUCAUGUUCUCCUAUGCCUGUCAAAAUAUAUUUUUGUGAUGAGUUAGGUUCAAAUUGCCCUUUAUAUUUAUGCAUGGGCUUACAAAUAUAUCUGGUGAGAAAUGCAUGAUAGCUUGAAUAGAGGAAGAAGGAAAGCUGAGUUUGCUAUAGACUAUGCUGUGAGUGUUGAUUUUGGUCGAUAGUUAUAUAUGCGUUUUAUUA